AUGCCGAUCACGCUUAAGGUGAUCUUGAAAAUAGAGAGACAGCUCAAGAUUCUGAACAAACCAUACAUCAAAAGCAUCAAGACUGCAGAAGGUGAUAUCUUUGAUUGCGUUGAUAUAUAUAAACAACCAGCCUUUGAUCAUCCUUUGCUUAAAAACCAUAGCAUUCAGAUGAAACCUAAUUUUUUCCCAGAAAGAGGGGAAGAUAAAACUCUACCACAUGUAGCCAAGACUUCUGCAGUUGGAUUGAGUGAAGGCUGCCCAUUUGGAACCGUUCCCAUCAAGAGAACUCGGAAGGAAGACUUGUUAUUGGCCAAAAUGUUCGUGAAAGAUUCUGGGUCAAACAUUGCCUCUCCUCCUACUCAUUAUGCAACAAGAAAAUUACAAAGCAGUGCAGGCACAAACUAUAAGGGAGCAGCCGCAACAAUUAAUAUACAAAAUCCCCAAGUUAUAGAUAAUCAAUUCAGCCAAGCAUUUAUACAGGUCCGAAGUGGCGUUGAUGUGAUUCAAGUUGGAUGGAUGGUAAUUCGUUUCAAAUCCUCGUCCAGUCAAUGCAUAUCUUAGGAGCUAUCUCUUGGUUCUUAAUGCUAAUUUUGUUGGUAAAUUCUUUGGGUAAAUCCAAAAUUAUAUGGCGAUAAUAAUACGCGAACCUUGGGUGCAUGGACGGUAAGGCUGGGAAUUAUUUAUCUCUGAUCUGCAUUUACAUAUAAAUUUCAAACUCUUGGAGUUUUUCCAGUAUUCAUUGUACUCCGAUCGUAUUUUCUUUGUAUUUUUUAGGCAGGUGAAAAUGGCUGUUUCAAUAUGCUCUGCUCGGGUUUUGUGCAAGUUAGUUCAAAAGAUACUCCAGGCUAUGUUCUUGAUGAGGUUUCCCGUUAUGGACGAAAACAAUUUUCUGUAAAGUUCCAUGUAGUCAAGGAUGUGAGAGAAGGAAAUUGGUGGCUUGCACAGCACCGUACUUCAAUUUCUUUUCUUCUUUCCUCAACAUGCAGUGCUGCACCUCAUGUAAAACUUCCUUUCGUUUGGCGCAAUGAUGAAGCCACACCCUUUCAGAUGCA